UCUGCACGUGUGCAGCAGUACGGUUAGGAUUUGGGACAAUUUUGCCACGGAUUUGUGCCUUUUAGAACUAAUAGGUUCCCAUCGACGCGUAUAGCCUGAAGUCGGAGAUGCUGAGAUCGUGUCACGACGAUUAAAAGAGUAGAGAUGUGUUUAUUUGUGCUAGCUAACAGCAAAUGUCUGGGGUGCUAACGCUAGCUAAGCCGGGGAACAACAUGUUCAGACUUGUUCCCAGACAAGCUGAAGGCGAGGGAACAACGGCACACACACCCUCAGUAAACCUGACAGUUAUUUUAAUUUGUUAGCAACAAACAAACAAAAUGGAUUACGAGUUCCCACAGCAACUUUUUCCUUCCUUUUACAACUGCGGACCGCCGGACUCUAUCCUGAAGUACUAUAACGGUGGAAACUGGGGCUGUUACGGCCGAGUCAGACCGCAGGGCGGCUCUGGUCCUCUCUCCAGUUGGACAUUUACAUCUAGUCAUCAGGUCAGAGGGGAGACUUGGCGUCAGACUCAGCCUGUACCGCUUCCCCUCCUGUCUCCUAAAAACUCUUGGCUCUGGCCUUCAGAGCCUCCAGAUCCACAGGACUUCACCGAACAUAUGCAUAACUUCUUCAUGGAUCACGGCCAGGACGCCUUUGGGUGCAUGAGUGAAAUUCUGGGUGAAAACUUCAACUUUAAACAAGGAUCGAGAGAAAGAUAUCGGAGGAAUUCAGUCUCCAUGUGGAAAGUGAAAAACUUCCUUGAUAUGCUGAAGUCUAAAAUAUGUCAUCAGUCAUAUUUCUCCAUAUCGUUGGACAUGUACAGCGUCCUUCUGUCAGACGUGGUGCACUCUGUCCCUCCUGAGCUGCUGGGUGCUCUGUUGUACGAGGAGCUGACAGACCAGAGAGACCGUCAGCUCUUCUCUGAAGCAUCCACAGGUGGCGCUCUGGACUUUAUCCCCUUCUCAGAGAGCAGCAGCGGCUCUCUGCACGGCUGCCUCCUCUACCCCGGGAACCAGGGAAUGGACCGCCUCAACUUCCACAGAGUGGAGCUGCAGCACCACAGAGGAAGUCCCUCUGUCCUGAACGCCAGCAGCAGCGACCCGUUCAGCUUCCAGCUGAAAGGCCCCAUCAGACAGAUCAGCUCUGCCUCCCUGUUCAACAACUGUUGUGUUGCUGUGCGGUCAGAUCACUUGUGCGGAGUUUGGAGGUUCAGUGAAACGAACGAACCUCGUCCGCUGCAGGUCAUCAACACCAGAGAGGUUGCAACCUGCGUCAGUGUCAGUCCUCAUAUUUUAGGUGAAGUUCUGGUGGCAAGUGAGAGCGGAGCAGCGAACCUGUGGACUGUUGGCAAAGGGAUGCAGAAGGUUCGGGAGGAGGACAGCAACCUGUACUUCAACGCCAAGUCAUCAUGGCGAUGGUGCGAAUUCUCCGCUCACCCGAGGGUGAUGUUAUACGCAGACAGGACUGGGGUGGAGCUCACAGACAUCAGGGCAAGUCCUGUCUGUGGUCACACUCUGUUUAAUAUCAGCAAGACCUCAGAGUGUCGGCGAGGAGAGAGACUCAUCCUGUCCAGAUAUCUGGGAGACGUCCACUCCUUCCACCAUCUCAUCACCACUCAGUACUCUGCUUAUAUCAUGGAUGAGCGUUUCCCAUGCGUGCCAAUGCUUAAGUGGGAUCACAUGAUGCAGUCCCCACCCAUGUUUUGCCAUGUUCUUCCUGGCUCUGCCUCUUCUGGCACAGUAGUAGAUGGGGCCAGGACCACUAAGGUCCUGUUGGGCUCCCACAGUUCUCAGGAAAUAACCCUGUUGCAGUACUCAGGAGGCAGAGCAGAGGCCAGUUUUAGUCGAGGUCCUGCUCAGGCUCUGCUCAGACCCAGAGAUAGUCUGAAACACCUUCCUGUCCAGAUUCCUCAUCGCCUGGACAUCGCAAGCAACAGACUGUCCUCACCUGCUGCAGGUCUGACUUGUCUUCAGAAGAAAGGAGCCAAAGAAGCAGGUGGAGAGGAUUGUAUAUGCAUGCUACAGCUGACAGAGGCAGGAGAUAUUUUCUACCAGAUCCUUGAGCUGGAGCAGCCGGACAGCGACACAUCUCGAUCUUCAGCGGCAGAGGACGAACCACUGCCUCAACAUGCAACAAAAAACCUGCUACAACCAACGCUGACAGAAGCCACAACAUCAGGGAGUAAAACAGCAGGACAACUUGCACCAGAUUCUCCGCUGGAUACAGAGGACGGGUGGAGCGAUGAGGGUGUGAUCGGGCCGACCCAGGGUCCAGCUGUGCCGAGGUUUGUGACUGAAACACCAGAGAGAGAACAACCAGCAGGGAUCAUGUACACUGAUUCUGAUGAUUCAGAGUCAGAAAGGAAAGGUCGAAAGCUGAAGCAGUUGGGUCUGCAGGUUGUUGUCAAUGAUGAUCCAGAACCGGAUCACACAAAUGGAUUGAACGCAGGAGAGAAAGAUGGAAAGGUGGGUGGAGAUAAAGCUGAUGAUACUAAGGAACCCAGCGGUGUGGAGGAAACUCAGGUAAAGCUCAGCGAAGCUGCUCUCAUCACCUGGAAGCAUUGGCUCCAGAAACUGAUGCAAAGAAAUCGUGAAAAGAAGCCCCUCCCACGCUGUUCGCAGCACUUCACAAUCAAAACUGAAGGCUUUCUCCAGAUGCCUGAUGAUGAAACAAGAGAUUCAACAGAAGAGGAGCGUGUGCAGAGCUUGAGGCAAGAUCUGAGAGCGUGCAUGUCCAAACGCUCACUGAUGGUUCACAGCACCGUCUCCACCUCCCUCACCGCUCCAGAUGUAGUGCCUGUGCCAAACCCAGUGGACACAGAUGUCUGGAGAGAUCAGCUCAGCCACCGCCUGACUCUCUCCUGGCAGGGGGAGGAAGUGUGGCGGGCGUGGUGGGAGGACCAGCUGGGGCUGAACAGGGAGGAGAAGUUGAAGGCUCUGAAGAGGAAGAGGAGGAGGGAGAAGGAGGCGAAGAGAGCUGCUGGCCGGCGCUUGGAGCUGUCCGGGAGCUUCACCUCAUCUCUCAGCUACCAAUCAGAUCUGGACAGUUUCUCUGAUUCAACGGGCUGGUCCUCUGCGGCAAGCCAGGGGUGGUCUGACACUGAAGGGACAGGGCCGUUGUCCCAGUUGGAGAGCUUUUUGGAACAUGGGACGCCAAAAGCCACAACAUCCUCCACUUUGCAAAAUGACACCCCAGUAUCCACACCAAUCGCCACACCUCAAAGUGUUAAAAACAAACAAAGUGACCAGCAGACUCCCAGCAGCUCCGGCAUGUUCUCUCUGUCCAGGACUGUAAAAGCAGACUCCACACCUGCCAGUCAGAGGAGGAACAAACGUCAAGCCGAAGACUCCCUCCGCUCUCUGUUCGGACCACAGGACGAGCCCUCACAGCACAACAUUCACUUCCUGGAAGAGGAGAGCAACGUACGAGCCCCACCUCCCUCCACAUCGUCGUUGUCGUCCUUCUCUCAGCUCCGCAGUUCACAGUCUGUCCCUCAGAGGAGCGUCAGGACGGAUCUGUCCCAGGACUCCUCCGUGUGGUCGGGUUUCUCCCAGUCUCUGCCCCUCUCCCAGAUUUCACAGGGUCGACUGGGUUUGUCGCAGGGAUCGCAGGCGUCUCAACCCAAGAAGAAGAAGUCACGAAUGGGAUUUUGAUUUAUUGUUCAGUCCAUCCAUCACUCAGGGGGAGUACAGCAUUUGGAUUAUAUCUGGGGACCAGGGGGUGGACCAGCCCAGCCUCAAUUGGAAAAAAAAGUCUUGUUUUUUUGGCAUCACUGUGGAUCUAUAUUGGUAUUUACCAGGAUUAUAAUUACAAAAAAUACACAGUGGAUCUAAUGAAGGAGGAUAAAGUCACUGAACACUGGAAAAGGAUCCAUCACAGUCUUCAGAAGUCCUGAGUCUGAAGAAGAUUUGGUAGGACUGAGUUGAAUUUAUUAUCUUUGUUUAGUGGUGAUGACUUUUGUUUGCUAGUGCGUGCGUGCGUGCGUGCGUGCGUGUCCGUCCAAGCAGCCACUGGCUGAGAUGAAAUUUUUCUUUUCAGAAAGCAUUCGCACGGCAGCUUAUUUCGCUGUUUUGCAAAGUUUCUUUUCUUACUGGUUCAAUAAAUUCAUAACACUGUCCAGGGAAACAUCAACAAACCAGAGUUCAGUACAGACUCCAAUGGAGGAUGCAGCUCCUCUGCAGGUGUUGGUGGAGACGGAGAUAAAAGCUGGGAAGAACUGAGCCUUCAAAUGCUGAGAGUAGUGACAUUAAAAAUGUCAAAUAUGAAACAAUCAGAAAUCAAAAAGCCACACAACAGCAUUUAGUAGUUUCUCUUCAAAUCAUCAGCAUGUCUGCAAACGACCUGCCGUGAUUGGCCCGUGUACUGGUUGAUUUCAGUAGCUGUGUGUGUUUCUGUUUAGUGACAUAUUUAAAGUCUGGGUAUUGUUGGACCUUUGUCCUUGGCAGUACCACUUGUCAGAUAUUACUCUGUUGUUUUUUACUUUGUUUAAUGAAAGUCCACCUCAGGCACUGUGGUCAAUUAUUUUCAUGAAACCUUUUAUACAUUUGCUUUUCUAAACAAAACUGAAACAGUUUUCUCAAUAAAACUAUGGCUCCAAGACUCAGGUCCUCAUUGAAAGACAACAGGAACUUCAAUGACUUUUAGGAGGAAAACCAAAUCAAUACAAAAAUACUAUACUACUACUGUAUACUAAAUAUAAAUAUAGAAGUCUCACAGUUUACCCCAUGGUUCUGUAUAAUACAACAGGGUAUUGGGGCCACUGCAGAAAAAAAACUGAUGUAGAGAAUAAGGUUGAUAAAUAUUUUUGAGAAGUCAUAAAUGAGAAUCAAGUCAGUUUUUACAAGAGAAAUUUUCAGAUUAGUCAUAACUUUGAGAAAGGCUAUAGUAUUUCAUUUUUCAAGGAACAAAGUUGGAAAAUUUUUAGGGCAAUUCAUAAUUUUGAAAGAAUGAAUUUGAAACAUUGAGAUAUGUAUCUUAAUACACAGUUAUCAGCUGGUGACAGCAGUCUGUCAGCUUUCACAUGUCAAAUGUAUAGAAGUGGAUGAUCUGAAGUUAUGUUUGACCAAUAAACACUUUAUUAUCAUUA